AUGGACGAAGGCGAAAAGCUUCAUCAACGAUUCGGGAAGAGACGAAGUAACCCCACCACCUUACCUCCCACAUCGAUUGACGAGCGCAUCGUACCAUCUCUCGCAGCCCGCUCGACAGAUAAGCAACAACCCGUCAUAUUCGGCUCCUUCGUUCUCUCCGCUUUUACACGUUGGUUUGGACUCAAUAAAUACCGAGUUCACGUUCCAUGGACACAAUACGUCGCCCAGCAUAUAGGCCAGAGCCCCGCGUUCGAUGCCGCCGUCUACUGUGUCAACUCAAUGCACAUGGGCCAUGUGCAUAAGGAUACGAGGCUUCAACGCUCUAGCCGCGAGGUAUACAGCAAGGCACUGCGGCUAUUUGGAGAUCGAAUCUGCGACCCUGAUUCGAUGAAAUCCUCCGAGAGUGUCAGCAUCACCAUCGUACUCAGUCUGUUUGAAGCAUACUCCCGCACAGCUUCAGACUCCUGGACCCGCCAUGCCGCCGGUACGGCCCUGCUCAUGGCCCAUCGUGGCCCUGCUGCCCAUCUUACCGGUUUCGAUCGUUGCCUGUACCUAUCCUUCCGCAGCUUCCUCGUUGCCGAGGCCUUCGUCAAUGGCCGACGGUGUAUCUUUGAGAAACCAGAGUGGCAGGCACAUAUUGACCAAGUGAGAUGGGAGGAUAUGGCUUCUCCACGGGUUGAUGAGCCUAUUGCAUUAUUUAUCGAUCUACAAGACCGUAUCUUUAUGGAAGUCUCCAAGGUGCCCGGUCUUCUAUACCAGGCGCGCAGACUGCAUACUAUCCCAGAUUCACAGAGAGCAGCUCGCCGACUAGCAACCCAAGUACAGUGCAGUGACCAGGCACUGCGUGCCCUUUCCGCACAGUUACGUCUAGCCGCGACGGUGGAGAGCUAUGAGUGUCUCAACGACGCAUCCACCGACAACCGUGAGAAGGCUGCUUUCAUCGGGCCCAUCCCAUCCACCUUCCCGCAGGAAUUUGCCAAUAGUGUCCUACGUGGCACCGAUAAUUGUUCACAUAUACUUCGACUCCUGCUCGAUUUUCUCGAAAGUGAUGAAGUGCAGAACUUGACACCUAGUCCGGAGAGUAAAACGGAGACUGAAAUUUCGGAUCCUUUGCCCUUCUGCUUCGUCUCAAAAUUGGCUUUGCAUGUAGAUGCGAACUCGGGGUCGUCGGGUCAAGAGCGAAAUCUGCCCCCUCCAGAAAAAUGGCUCGACUUGGUGGCUGCGUCGAUGGGACUGGAGGCAUUCGAAGUGGUCACAUGCGCGAUUGAGACGCCUGGGUCGGCCGAAAGUGUGGAACAUCCGGGGUCGUGGAGUGGGACUGUCAUGUUACGAUGA